AUGGACGACUUUGAGCAGGAAGGCAUAAAUGAAGAACUUAUUGAAUUUGCCAUCCGUGAGAGCAUUCAGGAUUCCUACAAGCUGCCAUGUUGGACACAAACUAACAGGUUUGAGAGACAAAUUUGUGUGGAUGUCUGUUCAUGUUUUCACUGGGAGUAACGUGGAUCAAAGUUACUUUUUCAAUAUCUAUUAUUGUGGCAAAUACACUGAUGAGGAAAGGAGAGAUUUUGUUUUAAAUGUGAACUUUUGUGAUUGUGUUUCUUGAGUGAAAGUUUAUCUUGAACCCCUUCAACCCCUGUUUAUUAUUAGAAAAGAAUCCAACAGUGAGGAAUUUAUGAAGAUAAUGGCGGCUAUCCAUAAAGGUAAGGCCCCUCUUUAAGUGUGUUUCAUUAUUUCAGCACCAGAAUGUGUAGGUGGAGUUAUUACAUUCAGAUAAAAGUUACAAGGCUUUGGUAUCUGCAGCUUCAUUCCACCUGUAUUUAUGUCUAUGAACCCUCAGUUUCCCCUCAUGAAUAUUGAUGUUUCCUUGUUUUACCUGGUUGCGUCUCCACAGGUGACGUGAGUGCCCUGCAGGUGAUGUCAGGUUGUACAUCCGCCUUCAGAGAGAGGGACGGCAGGGGGUGGCUGCCUCUGCAUGCAGCAGUUGUACAGCCUCAGCAAGAAAUCCUGCAAACCGUGCUGCAAGGUGAGGACUCGAUGUCACAGCUGGGUGCAGCAUCUAAACAAAUGAAGAGGAGAAAAAAACAAACAAACUCAUAUUCCACCUUUUUACUCUUCUGUGUUUUUGUAGUUGUGUUACAAUUCACAGACCUGACCCUGGAGGAGAAGACAGACGAUGGAGAAACGUUUCUGACUCUGGCAGCAGAGGCCGGCCUGGUGGAAAAUAUCAAGAUACUGCUGCAUCAUGGAGCUUCACCUCACAACACCAACGACAGGAAUGAGUCUCCACUGCUGUUGGGUAGCACAAACACACACACAUGCAUUUUACACUUCAUGUCACAUUUACUCAUUACCUCUAUAUUCAUGCAUUGAUGGCCAGAGGCAUAUCCAGACUUUUUUUAUUGACCAGCUAGAAAACUGAUUUAUGCAGGAGUGGCAGAUAAAUAAGUAGCAUUUAUUUACUCUUCUGAUCUACAACCACCAUCAAAACAAGUCAAUGUUUAAAGUACUUCAGAAAUAGCGAGCAAAUUCCUGUAAACUGUCAAAUUUAAGCAGUUAAACAGUUUGCAGGGGUUUGCUUCUACUAUCUGAUGGAUUUAUUCAUCUCCUACCUCAUAAAAUAGAUGAGUGAAGAAUUUUCUUUUCUGGUUUAGAAUUUUAAUGUAGCCGAUCAGAUUUCAAGGCGGGCCAAUGCCACCCCUGGCAACUCCUCUGGAUGUGCCCCUGUUGAGAGCAGAGAAUACUAUGCAAAGUACCCAUCAGUGCCAACUACAUUAAUUCAUACGCAUUCACAGAUUGUUGGCUAUGGUACUGGGAGCGAUUUAAAGUUUCAAUAUCUUGUCCAAGAACACUAUGAUAUUUGUAUCUGGCAUCAAACAGCCAAUUUUUCAACUGAACGACUGAAUUCACAGCUGAGCUUCAACCAACAUUAGACACUCGUGAAUUUUUAGAAGAUUUUAACGAUAAUUUAUUUUGUGAGGAUGUUUUUUGUGAUUCUUUUGUCUUUUCUAUACUCUGUAGCAGUGAGACAGAAAUCAUAUGACAUGGUUUUAUCGCUGAUCAUGGGUGGAGCGUUCGUGGAGCAGGUGUGCCUCUCGAAGUGGACGGCCACUCAUGAAGCUGCAAAGGUGAACAGCAGCAUCAGUUCUGGAUGAGACGUGGGGGAAUCAAGUCUUAAUUUGACAUUUACUCUUUACCUUCUCCUCCACCAUGUUUCCUUUCUGCUUUGUGUCUCUGCUUCCUGUCUCUUGCACCAGGUGGGCUGUCCAGCUGUCCUGAUGUUGCUACUUCGCCAUGGAGCUAAAGUAACAGCCAGAGACGGUCAUGGGGUGACUCCUCUGGGAAUUGCAGCAGAAUACGGCAACACUGAAGCUUUAGAAAUCCUUAUACAACAUGGUAAAACACCAAAUAUUGUCAAACACUCUGAAUAUAUUAUAUUUUCAACUUGAGUGACUGCAGCGUCUGUCUUCAUACCCUUUCAUGUGUCCUCUGUGCUUCAUCAGGUGGUGAUGUAAAUGCCCAGGCCACCAAUGGAGACACAGUCCUGUAUGAUGCAGCUGGAAAUGGAAACCUGGACAGUAUCAAGCUGCUCCUUCAGCACGGUGCCAACCCGAAUGUAGCCAGCUACGCAUGCCAGCUGCCCAUCCACAGAGCUGCAUAUGAGGGACACAUACUGUGAGCUGACCUCUGUGUUCUGAAGCUGUGAGACCGAGCCUUCAAAUGUGGCGAUAUUCUCAUGCAAACAGCUUGAGAAUAUCAGAGUUUCAAAAGAUAACCCAGUUUUGGAAAUUACUACAGACAAAUUAACAUUCUUUCCCCCUGAUUUUGCAGCCAAAUUGACCAAACUGUAGAAACAUGUCUUUAUUUGCACCUUACAAAUCUGCAGUGUUUUCUGGUCUUCUCGUGUCCACAAAGAGCCUUCUGUGUAACACUGUUUUUCAGUUCUGUUACUGGAUAACACUGGCACCCAAACCACAAUCUGAUGAGCAUUUUUCUCUGUGUGCUGAGUUCUUCUUUUAGCAUUUUUUAUUUACAGUUUCUAUCUUCCUCUUGUUUGUUUUCCUUCCUUCUCUCUCUUUGUCUCUCUCUUUUUCCUUAGAGCUCUGAGAACACUCAUCCCCAUCACCACCAAGAAAGCUAUCCGUCUCUCAGGCCAGAACCCUGUCCACUCAGCAGCAGAUGGGGGGCAGGCUGAAUGUUUGGAGCUGCUUCUCCAGAAAGGAUAUGAUGUUAAUGCACUGCUAGGCAUGCACAUCUCUGGUGGGAACCACUGGAAACUUAAAUUUCUCUCAAACCCACUUUAUUGAUAUAAUAUGUGUUAAACUAAGACAGCCACUGGCUUUAGACUGUAAAUUGAUCAAGAAUGCAAUAUAGGUGGAAAGUUUUGGCAAAUUAUUACCCAAAAAGUAAAGAUAAGUACACAUGUGAUAUGCACAUACAGUCUUAUUAUUAUACUACUAGUGAUAGAGGCAAGCCCGGUCACCUCACCCAGCCACUUAUGGUGAAUUUUCCCGACUUUAACCCUCUGCAUUCAUCAACCAAUCUUGUUUCUGUACAGACUUUGCAAGACAGUCAACAGUGAAAGUCUGCAUAAAGUCACCAUGAACAUAUUUGGCAACAUCUCAACUGUAAUUGGAUUUUUUUUGUCAUGAGGGCAGUGUCUGUGUUUAGGACUAGUGGUGAUUUUCAGAAGUAUUGUUUUAUGUUUGUAGACACAGAACCCUAAGCUGACAUGGUUUAUUUUAUUUUUUUUUACAAGAAAAAUAUCUUGUGAUCUUGAGAAAACGGGGGUAAAAAAAUGAAUAAACCAUGACCGCUUAGGGCUUCCGUAUGUAGAUAUCAAAUUAUUGGUAUUUUCUUCUUGCAGCUAGUCUUUUGAAAAUGUAAGUCUUGUUGCAGAGAACUACAGUGACCUCAGGAAGUCUCCUCUGUACUUUGCUGUUUGUAAUGGUGACGUCACCUGUGCUGAGAUGUUGCUCACAGCUGGAGCAAGGACCGACCUGGACCCGUUGAGAUGCAUACUGGUUGCUGUGCGUGCUGAGAGGUGUGUUGUACAUUCAAGUGUGCAUUGUGCUUCAUGAUGCUGGUGUGCUGAUGUGUCUCAGUCACCUGUGAUGUCUCCGGUCAUCUCCAGGUAUGAGCUGGUGAGGCUGUUGCUGUCCUAUGGAGCAGAGGUGAAUUGUUACUUCAAUGCUAUCUGCAACACGCAGUUCCCUACAGCCUUACAGUACUGUCUAAAGGAUCCGGUGAUGAUGCGACUACUGCUCAACAGUGGAUAUGAUGCUUACAAGUAUGCAGUUAAAAGAAUUGGCACAUGUAAUGACCAUGAAGUGCAUGAAAAUUAGUGACAGCUCAGUAUCUAGGUUAAGAACAUAACUCCUUUUAUAAAUACUGAGCUAAAGCUAAUGUACACACAACCCAGUUUAUUACUUAGCUACCAAUCUGAAAAGUUGGCGCUGAGUGUUGAUUUGAAGCUGAUUUUAUUGAUUUAAAAAUCAUCUGUUUAUACAGCUAAGACAGAACUGGCCUUCAGACUCAGAUGGCUAAUAGCACCUGGACUGGAAAGGUGCUCUAAUCAGCCUAUUUGCAGGUUCAGCUAACAUUAAAGCUCCUGUAAAUAGUUUCUUGACCCUCAUAAAUUUAACUGAAAUUUAUGUUGAUGCCUUUUGAUGACAUCCAAAAGCAAACAAGACCAUCAUCAACAAAACUGAUGAUUGUUUUAUCUUAAUUCUUAAUGUAAAAAAAUCAAUGUAGGGGGGUAGGUGUCAGCUGAGCAACUGAGGAGCUCUGUUUUUACAGUUUCUUCAUGAAAUAUUCACAGUAAAUGAUAGACUUGACUGUCAAAUGUCAGGAUGAUUUUUUUUCUGUCAAAAGUCUUUACUUAUGCACAUAGAUGACAUAAGUAAAGGCUGCUUUGUCCACAGGGGGCACCAAAAUUUGCACAAAUCAAAAGUUUCUUUGAGAAGCUUUAAAUUUAUGUUUUUGUUCAAAUAACAAUUCAAUUAUUAGCCUGCUUGACAGUUACACAUCACAUUAAGCUUUAACAUUUUCAUUCACAGUAAAGCCAAAACAAUGAUGUUAAGGAUUAUCAUCCUCGUCAGAUGUAGAAAAUGUUCACAGUAGAGACAACUUAUUCUUGUUAGGGUUUUGGCCAAUCAGAAUCAAGUAUUUAACACGGUCAGGUGAUUAGAAUAUUGUUGAGUAAUAAGGGGUAAUAUUUGGUGUUAAAAAUUAAUAUUCAACACUGACAAAGAAAUCAUACUACACCGACCAUGCUACUCUGUCUCUUUUAGGUGUUUCCAGUGUUGCCAUGGUUACAGUGAAGAGACAGAUAGCACCUGGAAAGAGCUCCACAACCAAGCCUACCGCAUUUACAGUCAACCAAAUGUCAUCUCAGUAAGAACCACAUAGUGACUGCUGGGGUCUCAAUAAUUAUACAGAUUAUUUGAAAGUUUAACUUUGUUGGGCUGACCUAACAGAAAACACCAAUACAUAAAACAUAACCUGAGUUUUUGUCUUUUAGUUCUGUGAGUACGUAUCUGUGUCUUGGCUGACACAUGUGGUUGGUGGUGUUGUGAGGACCCUCUUAGACUACGUAAUCCAUGUCAACAUCUGUCCCAACCUCAGACGCAUCCUGGAGAGGAGGCCAGAGUGGGAAGAGAUUUUGGACAUACUGAGUAAGACUUCAACUGUAUUAUUUAUUCCAAAUUACACUCAAAGUUUGAAGAGUCCUUACACUCAGUGUGUUUGUUUGAACUCAGGUAAACCCCGGUCUCUGCAGCAUCUGUGUCGACAUGUUGUCAGAGGUCACAUGAGCCCCAGGACACUGAAUUGUCCUAAAGCUAUGGCUACUGUCCCUUUUCCUCCGAGACUGAAGAACUACCUGACCUACAGUGACUUUGACCUCUUUGGUAUGACAUAG